AUGCUGCCGACCCCCAUCACGGCCGACCCUGCCGCCAGGGCCGCCAGCGCCAGGGCCGCUGGCUCGGGUUCGGACUCGGACUCGGACGCCGACCUCAGCUCGGACCUGGAGGAUGCGCCACAGCUCACCGGCAGCUCCGCCGACAGGGGCUACGACAAGAGCGUCUUCAGCUCUGAGAUGCAUGAGGAUGUCAGCCGCAUCUUGGGCAGCGUGCUCGGCGUGGAGCACAACAACAGGAUCGCGGCAGGACCGCUGAGCGUGGACAUCUGCCACCUGUCGAGCAUGACGGUGGUCGAGGUGGCCGCGCCCUGGCAGUACUACCUGCGCUCGGGGCAGGUGACGGCGCUCGCGCGGAGGAGGCACGAGCUGCUGCGGGCCAUGGGCUUCCGCCUCGCGCACGUGCCGUUCCACCGGUGGGCGGCCCUGCAGGGCGACGACGAGGGCAAGGCCGACUUCCUGCGCAGGCUGCUGCCGGCCGCGGCGCUCAGGCCGGCCGCGGCCUCCGCCGCGGGCGCGGAGGGG